CCAAAUGUCGAAGCUUCCAAAAGACGUCUGCUUCAACUCAGUCGAGAUUUGAUCGUGGGUCAUGUGCGGCAUGCUUCUGACGCGCGCGUUUUUGUCUUUCGAUCGAACAAACCCAUCAUUAUAUAGCUGAUACUUCCGGGAAUAUUGCAUGAAUGUUAUUUGUGGUGGACAAUACUGUGUAGUACUUGUGGCGUCGCGUCGCUGCGUCUGCUUACCGCAAUCUAUGCUCUUGCUCGUAGUUCGUAAGAGAAAGACUAUUCUAUGUAUACAGUGUUUUACUACAGUUUCUUCUUGGCUCUGGGGGGUCGAUAUGUCCGAGCAGCCCGUCCCAACAUAGUGAUCCUGCUAGCAGACGACUUGGGUAUCGGUGACGUGGGCUGCUUCGGCAAUACCACUAUUUCAACGCCUAACAUCGACAGUAUAGGUAAGGACGGAGCGGUCCUUACCCAUCAUAUUUCUGCAGCAGCUGUAUGCACCCCGAGCAGAGCAGCGCUGCUUACCGGGAGAUAUCCGGUUCGAUCUGGCAUGGAAUCUCAUUCGAGGAACAAAGUAAUAAUCGUCUUGGCAUCGAGAGGUGGUCUUCCUACCAAUGAAACGACUUUUGCAAAAGUCUUGCAACAAAGUGGAUAUGCGACAGGAUAUUUCGGAAAAUGGCACUUAGGGCUCUACUGCUCCUCCAUCAGCGAUCCGUGCCAUCAUCCCAUGAACCACGGAUUUGACACCUUCUACGGACUUCCGCUCACCAACCUCAAAGACUUCGGCGACGACGGAGACAGCGUCGUCACCACCUACUAUCCGCGUGCUGCCUCCGUCACCUACGCGGUCCUCCUCGUCGCCCUGACGUCCGCGUACCUCUUGCUCCGCCGCGGAUGGAUUUUCACAGCAUCCCUCGUAGUCACCGUCUUCGUAGUCAACCCUCUCGUCGUGAUUUUCUUCGUGAAGAAUAUCGCCGUCAUCAACGGUGUCCUCAUGAGAGACUACGAAGUCGUCGAGCAACCCGUAAGGCUGCCCGGAAUGACGCAGAGGCUGGUCGCGGAGGCGGAGAAAUUCGUGCACUCCGCGGUCGAACUACGGAAGCCAUUCCUCCUCUUUCUGUCGUUCGUGCACGUUCACACGGCGUUGUUCACGCAUCCGUUGUUUGCGGGGAGGAGUGCGCACGGUAGGUACGGAGACAACGUUGAGGAACUGGACUGGGGAGUCGGACAGAUUCUGCAGCUGCUGAGGGAGACCGGGCAGGAGAGUAACACGCUGGUGUAUUUCUCGUCAGACAACGGGGGACACAUUCAAGAGGUUGGACUGGAUGGCCAGCGCGAAGGCGGAUAUAAUGGGAUAUACAGAGGUGGUAAAAUGAUGGGAGGCUGGGAAGGCGGCAUCAGAAUCCCCACCGUGAUGGCGUGGCCCGGAAAGAUCCGACCCGGCCACCGGGUCGCAGCAGCGACCAGCCAGAUGGACUUGCUGCCCACCGUCCUGGAAGCAGCCGGAGCGCAGCAUCCAGAUGCGGACAGGGUCCUGGACGGCGCCUCGCUCAUGCCUCUCUUGCGCAACGAAACUCAGUUCAGCAGCCACCGUUUCCUGUUUCACUACUGCGGAGUGAACAUCCACGCCGUACGCUACAUUCCCGAAGACAACUCUGGCGUGUGGAAGGUACACUACCACACCCCUGACACUAGCAAGUGCCCCUACGUCUGCCACUGCCAGGGGAGCCACAUUCAAGACCACAAUCCACCACUAGUCUAUCACCUCGACACGGACCCGUCGGAGCAACGCCCCCUGUCCGCAAACUCCGACCCCAGGGUCGGCGAGGUCCUUGCCGCAGCGGACGCUGCCGUCCGAAUGCAUCGCGGCACGGUCGAACGCGUCCCGCAGCAGUUCAGCUUCCAGAACUCCUUCUGGUUGCCGUGGUUACAGCCGUGCUGCAACUUUCCGCGCUGUUCGUGCAGAGAAAAUGUUGACAUUGAGAGAGACUUUGAUAUUGUGAGAAAACAAGAUAUUGAGUAUCUAUCGUGAUAUGUAUAGAGAUUGUAAAAAUGAUAUAAUAUAUGCUGCACUAUGUCA